CGCACACCCACCACACACACACACACCACACACACACACACACACACUUACUCACUCACUCACUCACUCACUUACUCACUCCUUUCCUUUUCAAAAGCCCCUUGUGAAGCAGAUUGACAGGACAGAAUGAAAAUGAGGCGGACGCUCGGUCACGACUUCAGUGCGUACGCGUCCUUUUGAGAAGACCUCUAAACUUGGAAAAUAUCACCAUGGGAGCUAUUUGGACUGCAAGGGACUUUUGUUUGUUUUUGCUCUUGUUAAAUAGUCGCCAAAGCGCAUCGCUUCCAGAAAUUCGAGAUCCAUGUGUAGAGGGGAGUGAUGGCUGUCACAUUGAUGCUAUUUGUCAGAGUACCCAAGGCUCAUACAAGUGCACGUGCAAAGCAGGCUUUAAAGGAGAUGGAAAACACUGUGAAGACAUUGAUGAGUGCGACUCGGUGUACAAUGGUGGCUGUGUACACGAGUGCAACAAUAUACCAGGCAAUUAUCGCUGCACUUGUUACGACGGAUUUAAUUUGGCACAUGAUGGACAUAACUGUCUAGAUUUGGAUGAAUGCAAAUUCAACAAUGGUGGGUGCCAACACACUUGUGUCAACACCAUGGGCAGCUAUGAGUGCCGCUGCAAAGAGGGCUUCUUCCUCAGCGACAACCAGCACACAUGCAUCCACCGCUCUGUGGAGGGCCUCAACUGUAUGAAUAAGGAGCACGGCUGCGCCCACAUCUGCAAAGAAACACCCAAAGGAGGUGUGGCCUGUGAGUGUCGUCCAGGGUUCGAGCUGGCCAGGAACCAGAGAGGCUGCAUCUUAACUUGUAACCAUGGCAAUGGAGGCUGCCAGCACACAUGCGAGGACACAGAGAACGGUCCCAUAUGCAGGUGUCACGCCAGGUACACCCUGCAACCUGACAAGAGGUUGUGUAUAGAACGAGAUGAAGCCACCACUGAGACCGCAGACCACAACGUCACAUCCUUUACUGAGGUGGACAAACGUGUCAAACGAAGACUGUUAAUGGAAACUUGUGCGGUGAACAAUGGGGGUUGCGACUGCACCUGUAAAGACACAUCCACAGGCGUGCGCUGCAGCUGCCCUGUCGGCUUCACACUGCAGCCGGAUGGAAAGACAUGCAAAGAUAUUGACGAGUGUGAGCUUCGCAACGGCGGCUGCGAACAAUUCUGCAGGAACACCAUUGGCAGCUUUGAGUGCAACUGCCGAAGAGGCUUCAAGCUGCUGACAGACGAACAUUCUUGCCAAGAUAUAGAUGAAUGUUUUUUUGAGCGGACAUGUGAUCACACGUGUGUGAACUCCCCCGGUGGUUUUCAAUGUCUGUGCAACAAAGGCUUCACCAUGUAUGGGCUGGCCCACUGUGGAGAUAUAAAUGAAUGCAGUGUGAACAAUGGCGGGUGUGAGCAAGGUUGUGAAAACACCAUGGGUGGAUUUGAAUGCUUUUGUCAUCUUGGCUAUAAGCUACACUGGAACAAAAAGGACUGCAUUGAGGCUGAGGGUUUCCCACCUGCUAAACCCCUCUCUAAACCUACCUUGAACUGUAGUAAGCAGGAGGGAGGGGACCGCUGCUUCUUGACAUGCCAGUCUCAAGUUCACAUCAGCAGUGGGACGGAGGAUUCCUACACGGUGACCUGUGGAAUGCCUCUGCCCUGCUUGGCUGACGCACAAAAGAACAACAGUGGCUUGCAUUGCUUAGGUCUUGAAAUGGCCAGUGUCCCACGCAUUAAAACCACAGCCACUUUUAAGUCCAGCACUGCAAAAUGCAACUUAAAAAGAAGUCAGGAGAAACUCAAGGAAAGCUUAAACUCAGCACACUCGUCCACAGAGAGCAGGUUCUUUUUCACUGAAAAUGUCCAGUUCAGCUAUGUGAGUCUGCGCUGCACCCCGUCCCUGCAGAGAACGCGCAGUCGCCAUGGCAGGAAAGCUGGCGAGGAGGACGGCUCCUGGAUAACAGCUGAGUUUGAGCUGGAUGUGAACCUAGAGGAGGUAACAGCAGAGAGCUGUGACCUGAACUGUGUUCGCCGACGCUCAGAAAAGAGGCUCAGGAAGACCAUCAGGACCCUGAGGAAGUCCAUCAACCGGGAACAGUUCCACCUGCACUUUGCCGGGUCUGACUAUGAACUUGCCAAAAAUUUGGGCAAGCCGGCUGAACUCCCCGGACACUGUGUGACGGGACAGGUGCUGGUGGGCAGGAAGUGUGUGAGCUGCAGUGUUGGGACUUACUACGACGGGGAUCAGGGACGGUGUGUGUUGUGUCCAGCUGGAACGUAUCAGGAUGAGGAGGCACAGAUGUCUUGUGAAGUCUGUCCUCGACCUGAAGGAAGAGAAGUUUCCAAGGUGGUCGGAGCUCGAAACCUGUCCGAGUGUGGAGGUCAGUGUUCCCCGGGUCAGUACUCUCAUGACGGCUUCACCCCCUGCCUGCCCUGUCCACUGGGAACGUACCAGCCGGAAGUGGGACGCACUUCCUGCUUCCUUUGUGGAGGGAACUUGGACACAAAGCGCAGUGGUGCUGUUACCUUCCAGGAGUGUGAGACUAAAGUCCAGUGCUCUCCAGGACAUUACUACAACACCAGUACACACCGCUGCAUCCGCUGUCACACGGGCACGUAUCAAGGAGAGUUUGGGCAGAACUACUGCAUCGCCUGCCCUGGAAAUACCACCACUGACUUUGAUGGCUCCACUCACAUCAUGCAAUGCAAAAACCGACAAUGUGGGGGAGAGCUGGGAGAUUUUACUGGUUUCAUCGAGUCCCCCAACUAUCCAGGGAACUACCCAGCCAAUGUGGAGUGCACCUGGACCAUCAACCCACCGCCCAAACGCAGGAUCCUUAUUGUCGUCCCAGAAAUCUUCCUGCCUAUUGAGGACGAGUGUGGUGAUUACUUAGUAAUGAGAAAGAGCUCUCUCUCCAACUCUGUGACAACCUACGAGACUUGUCAGACAUACGAGCGCCCCAUUGCUUUUACCUCCCGCUCCAAGAGGCUCUGGAUACAGUUCAGGUCCAACGAGGGAAACAGUGGGAAAGGCUUCCAGGUCCCAUAUGUCACAUAUGAUGAGGACUACCAAGAAUUGAUAGAAGACAUUGUCAGAGACGGAAGAUUAUAUGCUUCAGAGAACCACCAGGAAAUUCUCAAGGACAAAAAACUCAUGAGGGCGUUGUUUGAUGUACUGGCUCACCCACAGAACUUCUUCAACUACACAGCACAAGAAUCAAGAGAAAUGUUCCCCAAAUCCUUCAUCCGCUUCCUGCGCUCCAAAGUCCUGAGAUUCCUUCGCCCUUAGGAUGGGCAGUUUCUGGAUAUUUCUUGAAAAACCUAGAUUAGAUACUGGACACAGUAUCUAUUUUAUCCACUGACCCCUUUAAGAAUAUUCUGUAGUUAUCUGUUUUCACAUGGAGCAACACUAGAGUGGACUACACACCUGAUAAAACUGAUCCUGAAGAGAAAGUGGACAAGUGGAGCUAUCAGAGGGAGAAAUGGUCAGUGGUAUUGUGGCCUUCCUCAUACGGGGAUCUGGAAAACUUUGUUUGGAAAUUUGGCGUUGUAAUGACUUUGGGUUUUAAAGUUACCAAUAAUGCUAAUAGCAUCAUGAUGAAAAACAAAUGCUGUUGCUAAACAGAUAUAUACUGAAUGCCAGUAAUGCUGUAUAUAGAGGUGUAUCUAGUUUUAACAUAGGCUACUUUUACAGGUAGAGCUUAAUUGACAGAAAUACUGCUAAAUGUCAGAAACAAAUAUAGCACAAAUGUUUUCUCGGGAACAUUAGCACUACUAAAGAAGUAGUGGCACCACAAGAGCAAUUAUUCAGAUGAAUGUUUUGUAUAUGAUGUUAAAAGUUUUAGGUGAAAUGCUAGCAACUACGUACACUUUUGACAGUGUAGCUUUGCUACAAUUGCUGGUGGCACAUGUAUUCAAUAUUCCAAGGUGUGUGAAUGAGUGCUACUGCAUUGAAAAAAUGACACCAGAAUGCAUCAACAUAUUUUGUAUUGUUUACUAGCAACCAAAGACAACAGAGUACAUGAAAAUAAAUGAAAAGUCCUGUAAAAUAGAAUUGAGCUAUUCAUCUGUCAUAGAUGCCAUGUGUAUGUAUAUUUUUUAUUGUCUUGUACAUCUAAUAUGCUGUAAAUAAAGAUAGGGAACUUA